AUGAGAGGCCCUUCAAUUGCAGCAAAACCUGGUUACUUCUUUUAUCACCAAGCUAAUGAGGAAACUCAUUUGAUCUUUAACCGUCGCCCAUUUGAAUCUACUGGUCCUUCAAUAUUUCUCUAUAACAAAGAUGUAUCUAUCCCUAAUGAUUUUUACAAAUGGACUAAAGAACUCCUUUGGAUUGCAGCAUCUGGAUAUGAGGAUGAAAAAACUCGCCAAGGAAUCAUGAUGGAAAAGUUUCAAGAACUUUGGGGUGUUGUACAUAAAGAACAGAAUCCUGAUAAUAGUGCAAGUGAUGGUGUACUAACAAUUUCAGUCAAAAACCAACUAGCUUAUAAAGCCAUUUUUGAAAUUAAAAAUGAAGUUGGUUCUGGUGGGUGUGACCCCACAAUCCAAGGAUCUUUAUCAUAUGAAAAGUAUUGGUACUAUGCUAAACAAAAUAAAGAAUAUUGUUGUUGUCCAUCCAUCAUUGUUAGUAUUGCUGGCCCCUGGAUCUGUAUCCUUGGUGCUGUUUUUAUAGACAAAGUAGUAGUUGAACCAUUGACAGAUAUGAUCUUUCUAGCAGAUCCAGUAGAUGAUGAUGAUAAGUUUUGUCAGAUUAUUCAAUUGUUUGUAGCAUUAACUAAUGCUUUUGAUCACCUUCAUCAAUUCUAUUCAAAUUUGGACACAACUCUAUCUGAGAUAUCAUUGAAUGAGAUUCCAAAUGAUUAUUUUUUACAAGACAAAUUUUUCCCUUAUAUUUGGGAAUUUAUAAUAGAAGAUAAGAAAUUCCAUUUUACCUAUGAUGGUCCACUAACUAAGAAUUAUGCAAAACCAAUUUGGAAAGCACGAUUGGAUGAUAACACUGAGAUAGUUGUAAAAUUUGCAAAAAGAUAUAACAGUGAAGCACACAAGAUCUGUUAUCAUAAAGAUCUUGCUCCAGAACUGAUCUUUGUUAGUGAAAAUAUAUAUAAUGGAUUUUAUAUGAUUAUUAUGAAGUACAUUGAUGGUAUUCAACUAGACAAUCUUAUAACAGAUACUCAUUGCACUCAAGAAACUUUAAUAAACAUCUAUAAGGAUAUAAAAAUUGCUAUUGAUGAGUUGCAUCGUAACAAUAUUGUAUUUGCAGACCUUAGACCUCCAAACAUCUUAAUUAGAGUUUUAGAUGGUAAGCAUAAAGUAACUCUUGUAGAUUUUGAUUGGUGUGGAAGAGAUAGAGUGGAUAGAUACCCAGCAUCAAUAAAUUGGGAACAACCAUGGCAUAAUGAUGUUAAACCCAAUGGUUUACUUAAAAAAGAACAUGAUUAUCAUAUGCUUGACCAAUUAAAGGACUUACUACAUGAACUUGAUAAUGGAGAUCACAAAUAA